CUUCCGUUCUAGAGGGUGGGAAAAAGUAAGAUCCGUAGCUGUGUGAAAAGCCCCGGCCACAGGCCGGCCUGGAUCGAUCAGUUGAAGCAAUGCGCUGCAAUUGAGCUCUUUCCUGGCUAAACCCGCAUUCCCCAUUUUCUAUGUGCAACAUUGCAUUGCGUGACGUUUACCGGAAGCUCUGCUCUGAUCAACGUUCUUUAGAGAGGAGUGUCCGUCUGUGCUCUAGCCACUGAGAGUCCUGUUAUAGCUUUCGACCAUCAUGGCAUCCACAUUGAAAGCUGCCUCGAGCGCUUCAGCUUCGAGCUUGCUGCGCUGCUCGAGAUUCGCAAAGAAAGAAAUUCAGAGGGGGGUGGUAGCGACAGGAGCUUUUUCCGUUCAAAGGCCACUUCCCAAGGCCAGCCUCAGCGCCUCAUCUUCCUUCCUUGGACACGUAUUCCACCAAUCCUCGGGGCGGCAACAACAGUCGCUUGCUUCAAAGACAAAGGAGCAGUGCCGACAGUUUCGGACGCUGCCCCGCGUUUCUGCAGAGAGCGCCGCGGAAGCGGACGCGCCGGUGGUGGUCGUAACGGGAGCCUCGAGGGGCAUUGGGAAAGCGAUUGCACUGCACUUUGGGGCCAAAGGGGCCAGGGUGGUGGUGAACUAUGCACGGUCUGCGGAGGCGGCAGAGAAGGUGGCUGACGAGGUCAAGGCAGCUGGGGGCGACGCCAUCGUAGUCGGGGGGGAUGUCUCCAAAGCAGAGGACGUGGCAGCCGUCAUCAAUGCAGCGGUCGAGAAGUGGGGCACCAUCGACGUGCUUGUCAACAACGCAGGCAUUACAAGAGACACGUUGCUGAUGCGGAUGAAGCCGACCCAAUGGCAAGAGGUUAUCGACCUUAACCUCACCGGCGUCUUCAUGUGCACCCAGGCGGCUUUGAAGGUCAUGUCAAAAAAGAAGAAGGGCCGCAUCAUCAACAUCACGUCCGUGGUUGGCCAGGUCGGCAACCCGGGCCAGGCCAACUACAGCGCGGCCAAGGCGGGCGUGAUCGGUUUCACCAAGUCCGUAGCCCGGGAAUACGCAGGCAGGAACAUCCAGGUGAACGCGGUCGCCCCGGGGUUCAUCUCCUCGGACAUGACCGCUGUGUUGGACAAGAGCCUAGAAGAGAAGAUCUUGGGCAGCAUACCCCUAGGAAAGUACGGCCAACCUGAGGACGUCGCCGGGCUCGUGGCCUUCCUAGGACUGGACCCCGCUGCUGGCUACAUGACCGGACAGGUUGUGAACAUGGAUGGAGGCAUGGUCAUGUAGGGGGCAGUCGUGGCACCCACAGAGAUUACAUAGUCCCUCGUAUUGGAGGGUAGUUCGUGUUUGUGGUUUUGGUAUCGUAAGCUCCUUUCUAAGGCGGAAAGGAUGCCGCCCUUCUGUAAGAGCUUAUUGCUCGAUGACGAAGUACUGCUGAUGCUUUUGGCAGCCAAUGAGUUUGCGGCCGUCCACUUGUUUUGCGUUUCUGCAACACCCAGCCUCAGAGGAUAUUCAUGGCUGCCUUGCAAGUGUUUUAGUAAUUGAUUCAGAUGAAUUAACCAAUCAGUUCGAUCAAAAAUCGCAGUGACGGUUGUGUGCAUGGCUGCGGAGAAGCCACGCCCGAAAGUGU